CCGGGUCGAGCGCAGGAACGGAAGGGGAGAGGCAGGCACAGAAGCGAAGAUAGGGCCGUGGGGUGAGCAUCUUCCUCUUCUCAUUCCUCUUCAUCCUUCUAUUCCCCAUGUUCCUGCUCGUGUUCCCGAUCGUCCUUUGCCUCCACUCGGCUUCCGGGUUUGAACAGAACCCUCCUCAUCUCGUGGGAAUCGGGAUCGGUGACGUCACCGGACCGGCAGCCGAUGUCGCCAUGAUGGGGUACGCGAAACAUUGGCAGGAGACGAAAGGGAUCCACUUGAGGCAAUUCGCAAGAACCUUCAUCGCCUGCGAUGACGUGGACUGCAUCGUCUUCUGCAGCGCCGACAUCGGAAUGAUGGGGACUGCCGUCAAACAGGAGGUGGUGAAGCGAAUGAAUGCAGAAUUCGGAGGAAAAUACCACGGAGGGAACGUGAUAUUGUCAGGAACGCACACUCAUUCUGGACCUAGCGGCUUCUUGUCCUACGCCUUGUACAACAUCCCCAACCGGGGUUUCGUCCAGGAAACAUUCGAUGCCAUCGUCGAAGGGAUCUUGGACAGCAUCAGAGAAGCGCACCGGAGCAUCCGGCCGGGGAAGAUCUACUACGGGGAGACCCUGGUCCCCAACGCCAACGUCAACAGGAGUCCCACAGCGUACCUGGCCAAUCCGGAAAAAGAGCGCAAAAGAUACGAGCAUGACGUGGACAAAGUGAUGCAACUGCUGCAGUUCGAAUCCGACGGAGAGAUCCGCGGCGUAUUCGCCUGGUUCGCCGUCCACCCGACCUCCAUGAACAACACCAAUAUGCUCAUAUCCAGCGACAACAAGGGAGUGGCCUCCCUCAUCGUCGAGAAGCACUUCAACGGCGAAGUCAUGCCGGGAAAGGGCCCGUUCAUAGCAGCGUUCCCUGCAUCGAACUUGGGAGACACGAGCCCGAAUCUGAAGUCGCCAGUGUGCAUCAAGACAGGGGAGCCCUGCGACCCGAUCACCUCUGCCUGCAAGGACCGAGGGGACUUCUGCGUGGCCAGCGGACCCGGGAAGGACAUGCAGGAGUCCACUUGGAUCAUCGGGGACAGACAGGCCGAGGCCGCCCUCGAAAUAAUAGAGGAGAUAGGAAGGAACAAGGAGAGGUCACGGGUUCGAGGAGCCAUCAAGUCCAUCGGUCAGUACGUCGACAUGACCAACUACCAGUUCGAACUGGAACAGGAAGACGGGAACAAAACCAAUGUGACAACCUGCAAGCCGGCCAUGGGCUACAGCUUCGCAGCCGGGACGACCGACGGGUACGGGAGCCUGGAGUUCACGCAGGGAGAGAAGGACCAGCACGGCAUCUGGCGCAUCCUUACGGCCCUUCUCGAUCAGCCGACGGAGGAACAGAAGAAAUGCCAUGCCCCCAAACCCAUCCUAUUCAACACCGGAGACAUGACGUGGCCGUACCCAUGGCAACCCGAGGUGGUGGAGACCACACUGGGGAUGAUAGGGAACGUGGCCAUCGCCGCCCUGCCGGGGGAGUUCACGACCAUGGCCGGGAGGCGCAUCCGCGAUCGCCUGCGACGGGUCAUGCGCUCUCACGGCAAGAGAGAUCCCAAGAUCAUCCUCGCCGGCCUGAGCAAUACCUACACCAGCUAUGUGGCCACUUUCGAGGAAUAUCAGGUCCAGAGGUACGAGGGAGCGUCGACGAUAUUUGGUCCAUACACUAAUGCCGCAUACAUUGACCAAUUCGAGAAACUCGCGGAUGCUCUUUUCGAUGGAGCGACCAUGAGAUCGGACCUCUUCCCCCCAAACCUGCUCGAUAAGCAGAUAAGCCUCCUCAACCUCAUAAUGCCCGAUCAUCCGCCGGUCCGGAAGGAUUUCGGCGAUUGCAGCCUGGAACCGGAAGGCAUGUACCGCAGGCAAGACUCCGUGCACGUCGCAUUCGUGUCGGGGAACCCGCGCAACGACAGGAGGAAGAACGGGACGUACCUGCUCGUCGAGAAGUUAGAAGCCAACGACUUAUGGGUGGACGUGGCCACGGACGCUUCGUGGGAAACUAAGUCUGGAAGCCUUUUUCUGCAAUUAGUUUAUACGGUGGUGACAGAUGAAGAAUUCGAGCAACAGGCAUGGAAUACAGGAGAGGGAGAGGUGACACCCGCGACGAAGCAGAAGCAACAAGCCCGACGGAGAAAGAGCUGGAGACUCCGCUCGCAGUUCUGAAGGUCACACGAGGUCCAUCCGCAUACGUUCAUUGCUCCAGGAUGGAGCACUAAAAGAGUAUUACCCCAGGGGAAGGUGGGACACCUUCGCUUCGGGCAUACAAAAUUUGUUUUUAUUUUUGGAUCUCAGACAUUUGGAUGAAAGGUAGAAAAUAGAACCUGUACGUUUUCGGCACACCUCCCGAUGACGUUCACUAUAUUAUUCCGAAUCUCGUCGGAGCUAAUGAGGACUUGCAGUUCCAGCCUAACACCCGAAUCAGAUUGGGUUACCAAUAGGCUGACAACUACAGCUUUGUGCAUACUUGAGAUAAUUCGAAUGGCUGCAUUCUUUCUUCCUCAUUCUGUUUCUUUAUUCACCCCUUCUGGUCUAGAAAGGCACUCAAUUUCUAAGGACGUGGAAUAAUGAUCGACAUGAAAGAAGUUUUGCAAUGGGACAUCUUGAAAACUACAAGGGGGUGCUGAAAAGUUCGCGACUUUACCCAGACGCAAGAGAGCAAAAGCCGCGCCACGAGGGAUGUAGGGAGGGGAGGUGAUCGCUAGAGCGCACACGCCGUGAGAGUCCGGUACGACCGUUAGUUUGCUUCCUUCGGCAGUUUGAACUCAUGAUGGCGGCGUCAAGACCGGAAUUCAGCAACGUCGACAAGCG